UCCUAUAUAAAAAGAUGCCCAGCCUCAUAAAAAUUUAAAACAUCUCAAAACUUUGAUUAGUACACAUUCGCAGUAGUUUAUUUAGUUCUAUUAUUCAAUCAUUAUGAAACUUCUUAUCGUUUUAUCUGUCGCAUUUGCAUGUGCAUCAGCCCAACGUUCAUUCACGUCACCAACCUACGGCAACAAUUUUGAAAAAGACGCCGUGAUUUUGAAACAAGUUUUCGAUUUAAAUCCAGUGGAUAAUUCAUACGUGUCUAGUUAUGAAACCUCCAAUGGAAUCAGGGUAGAUGAACAAGGUUACUUGAAGAAUGCAGGUUCACAAGCGGAAGCUCAAGUUAUGCAAGGAAGCUAUUCAUACACUGGACCUGACGGAGUUGUUUACACUAUCACAUACAUCGCUGAUGAAAACGGUUACCGUGCAGAAGGAGCCCAUAUUCCAACACCACCACCUGUAGCACCAGCUUCAGCAGGCCUUCAACGUCGACCAGCACCAUCACGUUUCAACUUCAACAAAAAAUAAAUGUCAUGCCAAAUCUUUUGGUCUUUAUGUUGCCAUCUUAUCGCUUGUGAUUGAAAGUUUCUUUUCCUUACACUUUGUAAUCAUUUCUAAAACUUUUUUUACUGUUCUAUCUUAAAUGAAAAUAAAGAUUUCUUAAAAAAAAAUCAAA